AUCUGUCUAGCAACAGUAGCAACAUAACCUUAAAUAGAUAAUUCACUUUGAAUGAGUUUGUUUUGAAAAAAGUUGCGAGAAUGUUGUGCCAAUUUUUUUCUAUACAGGAGAAAGAAAAAUUUUCCUAAUAUAUUAACUCCAAUAUACAUAAAUGUUUGAAGAUGAUUCAUUAACCGGUUUUUCCAUUCUGCACAUAUAUAAUUAAACUUUUAUUCAGAAUGUUGAAAAUCAGGGCACUGAACAGGGAUUCACUGUCUGAUGAAGAUGCUCCUGUUCUUAGAAAAGAACUUCAAGAGGAGAUAACCUUGGAAAUAUACAAUGAUGCUUUACGUUUAGAAGGAAUAAGAGAAUUCGAGAAAUCUAAGGAAUUGUUUCUCAAAUUAAUAAAUGAGAAUAUACCACAAUUAGAAAAUCAAGGAGGUCUUCCAAAGUCUAUGUGUACUUUGAAAUUUGCAUGUUAUCUUAAUCUUGGACAUAUUUUUCAUGAAGAGAAAAAUAAUAUCAAGGCUUUGGAAAAUUACUCUAUUGCUUCUGAAUUAGAUCAAAGUGAUAUAACUCUUUGGUACAAAAUAGGAAUGUUGAGUUUGAAGGAACUCCGUUUCAGACAAUCUAUUUAUGCAUUCUCAAAGGGGUUAGAUUGUUAUGACUCUCAUUGGCCCUGUCUGAUAGAAAUAAUACCAUUGCUUUUUGCUGUUAGAGAUACUGUCAACUGUUUAUUUUACAUUGGGAAAGCCUUAGAACUAGAUCCAGAUUAUACAAAGGGUUUGGUUAUAAGGAAGAGAAUUUAUCAAGAUAAUCCUGCAACAAAACAGUAUUACCAAGCUUUGAAUCCUGAACAUAAAUAUGAACCCCCUUUAGAUGUAGAAAUUGAUGAGAAGGAGGAAGAAAAAUGUUUAGCUGAGGUACAGGCAAUUAUUGAUAUAAUAAAUAUUGCUGAGAAAGCUGUUGAAACCCAACCUUUACAAACAAUACCUCUUCCAGAAGCUUUGGAAAAUUACACGUGGUUGGCCCUAUCCAAAUGUAUAAAAAGCUUAUAUGAGUAUCUUCAUUCUAAUGAAAUGAGUAUUUUAACUUUUGUGGAUCUUGAUAAGUGCAUGAGUCAAGCCACAAAUGAUCAAAUUCCCAACAAAGAACCAGAAGACGAAAAGGUGAACACCCAUUUAACAGAAAAUGAUAUAGAAAUGCAGGAUAACAACAUAAUGGAAGAGAAAAUGGAUAUAGAUAUCGAAAUGAAGAGAAGACCUUCCCAAAACAGCGAAGAGAAUGGCACCCCUGUUCAAACAGACAAUGACGAUGAGCAACAGGAUAACGAAGAACAAGAAGAGAAAAACGAAAAAUCGAAAACUAGAGGUUUGAAGAGAAAAAGAGACCUACUUUCCGAUUUAAGGGUGUGGGGAUGGCACAGUAAAAGGAAAAAUGUUCGAAAGACAAAACCCGAGAAGUUCUACACUGUCGAGGAUUGCUUGAAUCAAAUUUUACCUACGAAUUUAUUACGGAAUAAGAUAAUUGAUGCAUAUUUACAAGAUGAAUCUAUGAAUGCUACAGAUGACAAUAAUGUCUUCCUUGAGGAUAAACAGAUAGAUGCGGUCUUAUCCAAACAAACAUCAGGUCCAAGUGUUUACAGUGAAUCGUACUUUGGAACAAAUAAAGAAAGAGAGGAUAUAAUCAGAUUGUGGAACAAAGUGAAGGAAAACUGUGAUAUAACUAUUUUAGUCAAAGAAUAUGUUACGGAAUUAUCCAAACUUUGGAAUGUGAUGUGGCCCCAGGAAUUGAUCGCCCAUUACAUAUUCUUGCAUGAAAAAUACAGUGAAUUUUAUUUCAACCAACUACCAAACAUCCAUGAUCCGGAAAAUAAAUUCGAUGAUAUUAGGAAUGAGGUCUUGUCGAUUCUUCUAUAUGCCGAACUUGUUUUAUUCAGUUGUCCCAUGAACAUGGAAAAUGAUAGGUAUUUGCACAUAGGACAAGUACAGUUCGUUGAAACAGCGGUGGCACUACAUGAGCUGGACUGGAGCCAAGAGUACUGUUCGACAUUCUCAAGGAUAAUAUGGUUGAGGGCCUAUAUAGCCCGCAAAGAGAAAAAUUUCGAUACAGCUGUCAGAUAUUUGGAAUUGAUAAUAGAAAAAAUAACGGAGUUAGAAAACAAUAAUGGUGAAAAAUACAGUCUAUACCUGCCAAAUUUACAAAAAUGCAGUUGUAUAACAAUCGAAGUAGCAGAGAAGAUCCUCAAACAUUUACACAUGAUCAAAUCUGUGGCCUGUUUGGAGGAGCUUUUCGAGCAGGAGAAAUACAACGAAGUGGCCAAAAUAGUCCAGUCAACUUUCGAACCAGAUUACGGAUACCCAACUGUGGGUAAGAUCGGUCGACCCACCCAGUUGGGAAUGCUGUUACACUCCUUGUGGUUCACGGAUUUCGACGAGUGUUUCUUGUGGUGCGAAGAAUGUUUGUUCGAGUCUUAUCCGCACUAUAACAGACCGGGACCAAACCGACCUCAGUGGGAAGGCAUAGUUGAGAAAUGUCUACUUAUGAUGCACGAGAUCAUAAAGAAUAAGGGCAGAGGUGUGGUUGAUAUUUUAUCAGACGACAAGAAGGCCAGACUAACGGAAACCUUGGCUAGGAUUAUUUGCAAGCAACUCUACACAGAAAAUACUUCAAAAAUUCCCUUGAACACAGUGGCGCCCUGGAUGAUACUUCAUCACUUGCUGGUAAAAAAUGAAGAGCAGGGUAUAGCAGAGGAAGAUUCAGCCGAAGAUUCUGUACCGGCCUCGCUUUCUAUACUGUUUUCGGCACAUGAAUUUUUAGGUCCGAAAAGUUGGUGCUUAACUGGUCAAGGUGAAUUGUUGCAUUACAUUCUGGAUGUCUUGCUAGACAGGGAAGAUGCUUACAAAUAUGAGAGACUGAGGGAAAAAUUGGACAUUCAAAUAGAACAGGCCUUAUUCUGUUUGUACCAACAUCCCAGCAAAAAAAAUAAGAUAUCUCGACACUUGGCAGAUCACAACGUGGAUCCCCUACCCCUAACUUGGGAGAAAUCUUUCCAGCUGUACGAAUUCUACGCCCCCGAAGUCCUACCGGAGUUCAAUUCUUUCAAGAACGCAUCCAUCACAGUAGACCUGGAACAGCUGUUACUCAGGAUAACCGCUCUUGUUACACCAGAAUGCAACCCGUCACUUUCUGUGCCAAAAAUAAAGGAGUAUCUUCAGGGCAAAACGGACCAGAUCCCAGCACCCGUAGAAUUCCCGUAUAGGAUCCAGGCGAUCUACUACCUGCUGGGCGAUUACUACUUCAAACUGAAGGAUUUCGUGCGUUGCGUUGAUUUCUUCCUGAUGGACGUGGCGAUCAAUCCUCUCAGGAUCGACUCUUGGGCGUGUCUGGGUCUGAGCUACCUGAACCAGUUGGAGAUAAAGUUGAACUACUGCAAGAAGAUGAGGAGCGAGGAAGAGUUCUUGGAUAGGGCCAAGUACGCUCAAGUGGCGUUCACUAGGGCGCUCAGUCUGGCUCCCGAUAACAUCACCCUGUGGAUCGAAUUCGCCACCUUCGAAUACAUGGCGCACUCGUUCUGCUCCAGGUAUUUGGGACACGAGUCGGAGAAUAUGAGCAUGGAAAAGUUCACCAGUUUGGAGGAUAAGAAAAAUGAGUUCCUCGAAAGUUCGAGACAGAGCUUCGAGAAGGCCAUAGCUCUGUACGACACUGACGGUAAUGAACCAGACGAAAGAUGGCUCCAUUAUUAUAUACUCGGUAAAAUAUCUGAGAAGAAACAAUCUGAACCGAAAGAAUACUUAGGCUACUAUUUAACAGCUAGCCAACUGUUGCACGAAAAUAACGCUACCUAUCCCGACAAGAUCUUGUACAACUCCCCCCAACAUCUAUCUGUAGAAGCCUUGGAGCUGCAUUACAGGAUGAACGCCUCGAUUCUUAAAUAUUUGGCGUUGCACGAAGGGAAAGAGAUCAGUCAUUCCAUCGGAGCUCUGUUCAAGAAGAGUCUAGACUCCUUGCCGAUAAAUCUUAAAUUGGUGGCGUUGAAGGCUCAGAAGAAACUCAGAAAAUCGACGGAAGAACCGAAGAAAACGGAAGAAGUUAAUAAAAAUGUGGUGGAAGAUGGGAAAGAAGUUGUACCGACUACAAGUAACACCGAUGAAGAUAUGGAAAAGAUUAAUGCUGAAAAAGAAUCAGAAAUUAAUGAAGAAUGUAGUAAAACGCCGUCAGCUGAAAAUGUGCCUAUUGAAGAAAGUGCUGCCACUACAACAAAACAAAAUAAUGAUGAUAAGGGUGAACCAGAACCCGAUCCACAAGUGAAUCAAGAACCAGUGAAAGAAGUUAUAGAAACUUCUACCGAUUCGAAAAAAGACGAAGAAAAGAGAGAACAAGAAAACACUACUAAAAUAAAUGAAAACAACGAAAAGGCAGAUGAGAGGGAAGUGAAAGUAGUGGAUGAAGUAAUCCUUGUGGAUUCAGAAUAUGACGUAAUUCUCAUCCUUAGUUCGGACGAUGAAGAAGAACCAGAAGAUAAAAACAAAGCUGAUUCGGAAUCUAAAAAGGAAUCUGAUCAGGCUGUGGUUGCUCCCGAUUCGUGUGUACCUCCUAAAAACAACGAUUCCCCCGAUGAUAAGACUUCUGAUAAAAUUGUUGAGUUGGAUAAGACUCCUGAAAAAAUUGGAGAAACAUUUAAAGAUAAAGAAAUUGUGACUGGGCCGGCGCCAAUGGAAAUUGAUGAUGAUGAUACCAUUUUACCAAACAAUGCAGAUAAAAUCUCGGAGCAGAUAGCUAGUGGGAUGGAUGUUCAGUUGAUCUUCGAUAAAAUGAUGCAAGAAACAAUGAACAUGUCGGCGCAACAACCAAUGGAUGAUUCUGAUACGGGUUUAGACAAAAGUAGAGAAGACAACAAAGAUAAUGACAAUAAUGAGGAUGAAAAAAAGAUCAUGGGUGAUGAAAAAAUGAGUAACGCAAAAGAAAGUGAGACCGAAGAAAAGAAAAAGUGCAUGGAAGAGUCGACCUCUUCAGGCAGUAGCAGUAGUUCAUCUGACUCAUCAUCUUCAUCGGACUCUGAUAGCGACGAUGAUAGCAGUUCCACUACAUCUUCCUCGACGUCUGACGAUUCUUCGAAUGAGUACUUAUCCAAAAAUGACAUCAGUCAUCUUGUGGACAAAUGUAUAAAAGGUUUGGAAUUGUGCAUAAUCCGUCUGUCGAAAAAUUACAAGGCUGUUUAUCGAUUGGUUCAUCUUUUUUUCCACUAUAAAGAUAAAAAAGAUCUGACCAAGUGCAAACAAUUGUUACUCGGAGAAUACAAAUGUUACGAAAACAGUUCUAUUAUGGGAUUGUUCUCGGAUAGAAAAAAUAACAACUUCUUCAAUGGUAUUUGGAGAAUUCCCUCCAGUGAAAUAGACAGACCGGGAUCUCUAUCUGCACAUAUGAUCCGUUGUGUCACGAUAUUACUACAGAUACUGAGGACUACAGGCGAUUUUAAGGUCCUUCUAGACAUGCAUUUUCAAUUGAGGAAAAGUCCAGAUCCAGAUAAAAUCUACAUCAAGGAUUCGGAAAGGCUGCAAUUCUCGGAACAAGCCAUAUCGAUGUGCGUGCAAAUCCUGCGCGGCAACAUCCAGAACGCGGAGAAGCAGGGUAGCUCCGCUAUGAAAAAACUACUGCAGGACAUCUUCAAAGUGUACCAGAGGAUUCAAAAGUACUCGCCCGAAAAAGAUUCCCAGUUCGGAAACAUGCUGGUCGAUCUCUACAAGUUGUUCGUCAAGGAGAAGAUUCCCGAUAACGUGAACAUGUUGGAUCUUGCCACGAAGUUCUGCCAGCAGAUGAAGGUGGCGGAGAAACAGCAGAGUUUGAACACGUCGCUGAAUGUGACUUCUCAGAGUCCUCUGACACCGAUGGGACCAGUGUUACCCAGUCCUACAAACGUGAGCCCCGGAACCUCCUCCCUGAAGCGUCCCUCCGGCAGCAGUAGACCCAGAGGCAGGCCCCCCCUAUCCAAGACUCCCAACCAACAGCAGAAGCAACCGAGGAGCUCGUCCAAGAGCUCCUCGUCCUGGAAGAAAAAUUGCCCGGAACCGAUAGUCUCCCAGGAAUACCUAAAACACUACAACGAGGCGGUACUGAAGCAGUACAACCAGAAUCUGAACAUGUUCCAGAACGCCCAGCUGGCCCAGCUCUACUCCAAUCCCUACCUGUCCAGCUACAUCCAGGCCCAACAAACCAACCUACUGAACAGCACCUUUCUCCAACAACUAUCCGGUAUCGACUGCAGCUCCAAACAGUACCAGGAGGUGAUGGAAAUGUUCAGGAAACUCACCGGUACUCCCAAGAAAGAACCGAAGAAGCACAAGAUACCGGAUACUGGUAUGUUGAGCAAAGGUGAGCAACCGGCCAAGAAGCAGAGACUAUCGAGUGGUGGCCUAUCUGAUGUAUCUCCGAACAGAGGCGAACCGCCCGUUAAGAAACAGAAAUUGAGCAGCGAUGCCGUGGCUACGACCUCGGGGGUUGUGGUGAGUUCCAACAAACCUCCCAAAGUGGACACCACGCCUUCGGUGAGCAUCCUGCCGGUGCAGAAGGAUAAGAUGCUUACUGGAUCUUGCGUCUCGAGCAUAUCCAUAAUAUCCAAAGGAGGAGACGUUGUCCAAUCGAAAUCGGAUGCUGCAGGGAGGGUUGGCAAAACUUCCGCGAUCCCCGCGAAAAAGAUGGAAGCGACUGCCGAACCUCCUUGCAGCGUCAUCAUGCCGCCACCUCCAGCGGUGUCGUUGAUGAUGCCACCACCUGGUGCGAAGCACCUGUCUCCCAGGAGGUCCCCAACUGGUAUCAAGGAACCUCCGAAGUUGAAGAACAUAGAGGCCACGAUAAGCAGGGUUUCUUCGGAUACGUUCAAGAAACCGGCCCCCCAGCUGUCAAGUUUGGCCUUGGAAGCGGGUCUUGUGAAGUUUCCGGCCAGUUUGAGUAUGACGCCGGUUAUGUCGACUCAGAAAUCAGUACCCGAAUUUCACCAGUCCCUUCAGAGGUCGAUAUCCAACGAAAGCUACAUCCCCAAGCUGCCCUCUAGCAUAACUCUGACCCCGUCGACAGUCUCCCCCAAGUUGGCGGCUAGCGGACUUGAAGUCUACAAGAGGCCGUACAACGUCGAACAGCCCAAGGAGUUGAAGAGGAGGAGGGUCAGUUCUCCUUCCGGACACCACUCCAAGACGACGACGGCGUAUGCGAACCACAACAAGAGCCUCCCUACCUUACCGGCCGGGAUAGACCUGCAGCUGGCCAAGUCGAAGGGGGCGCAACAGUCGAAGAAGACAGAUCCGAAUCCGAUACCUUUCAACGUGGACUCGAUGCUUCAGCCGACGUCUUCGAAGCUUAAGGCUGCGACGGCGGCACAUUCUUACGCCGGUUUCCAGCAGCACUUGGCGCCUCAGGUGGCGCACACCAGCGUCAUCACCAGCACCAACAUGUCGUCUCCUUCGACUGCGCUGUAUCCGCAAACUAACAAGUCUACGCAAGGUUAUCCGAAGAAAACCCCAGGUGCUCAGAGGAAUUCCGAUUUGUACAAGAUGGAUGAGCCGAGACCCUACGACCUUCCAAUGGGUAACAUGUAUCCAGCCCCAAGGCAAGACGUGACCAAAGGAUCGACGUCGGUGAUAACGGCGAUCAACAAGUCUUCGUCGCCAGUGUCUUAUCCUUCGCCUCAAAUAAGUCCCGGCAAAACGCUACAAGAAAAACUCGCCGAUAAGAAGAGAGAACAAGCCAGUAAGCAUCUGUUCGAGCAAAUGGGUCAUCAGAAACCCGUAGCGCCACAAACCGGCAUCGUGCCCAAUUACGGCAACCCGCAUUCCGUUUCAAAGAUUCUGUCCAAACCCAGCAGUUCUGAGACAGUAAAUCAGAAGGUCACUGCCGCCAAUAUUUAUUCCAGUGUAUCUGCCAAUCCCUCCUCAUAUAUUUAUCCAAAUGUACCCAGUAAGCCAGCUGCACCCAGAAGGAAGUCGUCGUCUGACGAAUCUGUGAUUUUCUUGGAAUAACUGUUAAGUUGUAUUGAAAAUAGUGUUUAUUUAUUUAGUUGAAUAUAUGUAUGUACUAUGUGAUUAAUUUUAAUAUAUUUUUUUUAUUGCUUUUGA